AUGGUAGGCUUGACAACAAACGGCGAUCCAGCUAUGGUGGGACGUGAUAAGGAUCUCGUGGGGUUAUGUCGUAAAGAUGAAAGUUUUCCGCAAUAUCUCUGUUACACUGCAAAACUAAACAACGUUAUGAAAUUGGUAGUAAAGAUUGUGAACAAGAUUAGGGCUCAAGCGUUACAAAGAACAUUAUUCAAAACCUUGGCCGAUGAAAUUGACUGUCAAUACGGGGAACUACUUAUGGUAGAUGGUUAA